AUGUUUACGUCGUUUCGAAAAGUGGCGCUGCUCGGGAGACUUGCCUGGGAUGGGGUGCUGACCUGGCUUCCGCUCUCACUUUCCUCGGAAAAAGAGUUCAUUCUGGAAAAGGCCAAGGGCGCAAAAAACGAGGACACGUGGCUAGGGGCCAAACGGGGCGCCAACAAUGACUUUGAAUGGUUGGAUGGGUCAAAAUGGGAAAACGGAUACUGGAGCUCCCUCGGGGUACCGUUGCGAAACGAAACAACGAAAAAUUGCCUUGUGCUCUGCAACCUUGCGGACCAUGUCAAAUCACUCAGCAUGCAUCGAUAUUAUGAUGAUGACUGCAACAAGGAGAUGAUGGGAAUGUGCAAAAAGGCCGGAAACAAGGGCCCUAGCCCAACGAAGGCC